ACCCCCGCCACCCCGGCUGCCACUCUGCCCGACCUGGGCGACCAGCGGGAGCGCUGGGAGACGUUCCAGAAGCGACAGAGGCUCACCUUCGAGGGCGCCGCCAAGCUGCUGCUGGACACCUUUGAAUACCAGGGCCUGGUGAAGCACACGGGCGGUUGCCAUUGUGGAGCGGUUCGCUUCGAAGUCUGGGCCUCAGCCGAUUUGCACAUCUUCGACUGCAACUGCAGCAUCUGCAAGAAGAAGCAGAAUAGACACUUCAUUGUCCCGGCUUCUCGCUUCAAGCUCCUGAAGGGAGCCGAGAGCAUAACCACAUACACGUUCAACACGCACAAAGCUCAGCACACCUUCUGUAAGAGGUGCGGCGUCCAGAGUUUCUAUACUCCGCGCUCCAACCCCGGAGGCUUCGGAAUUGCCCCACAUUGCCUGGAUGAGGGCACCGUGCGGAGCGUGGUCAUUGAGGAGUUCAAUGGGACCGAUUGGGAAAAGGCCAUGAAGGAGCACAAGACCAUCAAGAACAUGUCUAAGGAGUGAGCUCCUGCUUCUCGCUUCCCGAAAAGGAGGAACGAUGGGAGCCAGCAGCCAUGCAGGGCCCACCGCGCGCUGGCGGGGCCGGAGUGUGCUGACCCAGGCCGCUGGUCCCGUCGGCCCGCGGCCACCCCGAUCUCCGCAGUUGGCUCAGCCACCAGCUUCUUUAGGCAGCUCUUUGUCCUUUCAGCCCAGAUUUUGAUGUAGGCUAGUCGACAUCCUUUCUCUUCUCAACUUUUGUGUGAUCUUUUAGAAAAAUAAAUAUUUUUAACAUGAAAGCAA